AUGGUAAUCCCAUCAAAUCGACCACCUCCACCGCCUCAACCCGUCAAAAUGUUUACGGGUGUUCGACGACGUCCUCCGUUGAAUAGAGCUUGUCCGCCGAUACCAGAAAGUAAAAGUAAUGAAUCAAUUAUGAGUCAUGCUUCUAAAGUUUCAGAGCAUCAAAAAGCAGUAACAUCGACGGAAACAACAACUGAUCUUGUUAUCGAGAACCGUAACGUCAUUGAUGUUCUCCAUCGACUCGAUGCCAACUCAAACAUCUCUGCGACUGCUCCAACAAGAAAAUCAAAAGACAAAAAGGCGAAAAUGUCAUCGACGCCGCGAAGUCCUUUGAUGAAUAUGGCGAAUAGUGUGAAGAGUAAACUGACGAAAAUCACACAUUUGGGAAGGAGUUCUGAGAGUAGUUCAUCAUCAAAUAUCAAAACAAGUCAAAGUUUUUCUGGGAUUCGUCAACCUAAACAAGUUCCAAAACGGAUUGAUCAAAACGCAAAUCGGGUUAUCAAAUCAUCGUCUAUGGAAGUACCUUCUACUUCAAAAGUGUGUAUUCCCCAAGAUCCAACUCCACUAAUUGACGAUAAAAUAGAGGAAAUUUCUGAAGCGGGCCUUAUUUCGAAAAGUGAAAUGGCACCUCCGAAACCAAUGGAACAUGUCUGUGUUAAGUUGGAAGAAGACGUGCUUGUGGUGACAAAAGAGUUCGAUGAGAGGUAUCCGGGACAAAAAAGAUCUGCAAGUCCCGAUCCACCACCGGUUGAAGAGAGCCAAACAAUGUCAGAAGUAGAUCAACUUCCAUCAGAACAAGUGGCAGAAACGUUCUCAGAAGAACUGGAUAACAAUGCAAACCAAAAGACGCCUGGACCUGUUAGAAGAGUUAUCAAAGAGACCACAACAACUGUCACUACAACGACGUUCUCUGAGAUUAGUCCAGUUCCUAUCAUAGAAAAAAUGGAAGUUCUCGAAAAAGAAGAAGAAAUUCUCGUUCCGGAAGUCGAUUCUCAUCCAGAAAUCUCUGCAAUUCAUGCAAAUAUUCAUUCUCCUGUUCCUAUUCAGGAAGCAGUUCCAAGCCCAAAGAAGGAAAGAUUCACGUCUCCUGAAAGAUAUGUUCUCCUCGUCAAAACUCCAGAAGCACUCCGGAAACAUCGAACAUUGACGAUUGGAGAGAAAGAUCCGAAUGAAGUGAAAACAGAAGAAGAACAAGAAGAAAAGAUUCAGUACACGAAAUUGGAAACUGUCAAAUUUAAAGAGAUUAAAGAAAAAGUUCAUUACGAAGAACCGAUUCCAAAAGAGAAAUUCAUUUUGACAGUGAAGACUCCAGAAGCGAUUCGACGACAUCAUACAUUCACGAUUCGAGACAAGUCACCUGAAGAAAUGAAAAUUGUGAAAUCUCAAUCAGAUGUUCAUGUGAGUAAGAAAUUGAUGAAGCAGACAUCGGAACCAGAGAGAAAAACGAUUGAAAAGGAUAUAUUCGAAGAGAAAGAGGACGUCGUUCCUGAACCGAAAUUUGUGAUUGUUAUGAAGACUCCAGAAUGUCUUCGAAGACAUCAUACAUUUACAAUCGGAGAUCGUCCCAAGAGUCCAGAUUAUCCGUAUAUUGAAGAGGGGGAAAUCACUGAACCAAUUGCAACAAUCGGACCACCAGCUGAUCGGAGGAAGAAGGAAGAAGAGAAAGAAAAGAAGAAAAAGGAAUGGGAAGAAUAUGAGAAACCACCGAAAGAGAAAUAUAUUCUGACGACUACAACUCCGUUGGCAAUUCGAAAAUAUCAAACAUUUGUUGUGGAAGCCAAAGAAGAGAAAUCAAUGCCACAAUCUAUGAGUGCUGAUGCUGUAAUGAUGACAAAAAAGGGAAAAGUACAGAGAUCUGAAUCAACAGACUCAAAGAAACACAGCUAUUUGCGGAGACUUCAGUUCGAAUUGUUCAGAGGAAGAAGCAGGGAACGCAAGACAGAAAAUCAAGAAAAAAGGCAAAAAUCUCUUGACGAGAGGAAACCAGAAUCAACACAAAAGUACAUCCUUUCAACAACAACUCCGAUAAUGAUGCGGAAGUACCAGACGUUUGCGAUUGUCGACGGAAAACCGAAAGACGGAGAAACGAAUAACUUGCAGUCGAUAGCUUCUGCUUAUCAAAAAGAAAUGUCUUUUGAUGAAGAGAAGACAACUUCUCCCGUCAGAACAUCUGAUUUUUAUUCAAUCACUGCAACUACUCCAUUGGCAAAACGAAAAGUCGUUGUUGAAGAAAACGUUACAUCCUCUGUUCAACAAUUAUCUCUUGAAGACGCCAUUGUAAGUCCAUCGAAGAAAUCAAUAUCUCCGGAGCCACGUCAUCUUUUUGUAAUGGGCGGAAGACGUUCAACGACACCUCAGGAUGAGCGGAAAAUCGAAAAGAUGCAUGAACCACCACGCAAUUUGAAAUUAGAUACUGAUAGAAGUCAGUCGGAUAAUGCAGAAUUCGUAGAAGAAAGAAAAUCGACAAUGUCCGGAGAUCUAACAUCUCCAGAAGAAGAAAUUCCAAUGGAUACAAACUUGACUCCUACAACAGAAGACGUGAUGGAGGCUGUGAUUAUUUCAAGAAGAAUUGAAGGAUUGAUGACAUCACCAAUCGAGGAAGAACCAGAAGGAAUCACUUCUUCUAUUCGUGAUUUAUCAAUCAAAUCAUUAUCUGAAAGGAAAAGAAACAGUGAAUCGGAGAGACCUGCUCCAGUAUUCACUCCUCCAAGUCCUCCAAAAGAUAAACCAUUCCCAGUGAUGACUGUUCCUAAAUCCACGUCUACAUCGUCAUCUGAUUCUGCACAUCCAAUGACUUCAUCAUCAAGUUCUUCAAGAGUAAAACCAAACCAACUUCCCAUUAAAAAGACUAUUCAAGUCGUCGAUCCAAUGCAUAUUGUCGAGCUGAAACCGGAGCCAAAAUCAAAGAAAGAGGCUCUUGCCUCGAAGUCUCUUCGAAAUGCCGGAAAAAUGCUCACUCCAUCGUUCCUUCGGAAAGAAAAGAAGGGUCCCAAAAAGUCAUUGUAUGCAAAAACAACAUCAACUGGUCGUCAACAUAUUUCUGAGAAACUGGAGAGGGAGAGAAAAGCACCGUUGGCAGAGGGAGAAUCUUCAGUUGUUGCCAACUCUCCACUCGUCGAAAAUCUUCCAAUAACAUUCGAGAAAUGGAGCAAUAAAAGCCCCCGAUUGAGUGUGAAACACUUCAAUGAAACAAUUAUUGAAGAAGGUCUCGACGCGAAUGCAAAUUCAAUGUCGCCACAAUUGGAGCAUCGCGUUAUUCCUACUUCUCACCACGCUGUGCAAGACAACACUGGCCUCAUCGACGAUGACAUUAUUGAUCAGCCAAUGCUCGUAGGUGAUACAUUCUCACAUUCAUCAUCUAUCGACUGUAUUUCUGCACAUCUGAGAAUGAAUGAGAGUAUCAUUUCAAUCGAUCGCUCAAUUGCUCAGAACGAAUCAAGGAGCAGCAACCAAAACGCUCAAAACAAUGUGAACAGGAACACAUAUAUUGAGUCAAAUCUCGAUCGACAAAUUGAUGCAGGACGUUCUGAAGUUCAGGAUAUAAAAUCUCAAUUGCAGAAACUGAACAGAUUAGUUAAUGAGAUGGGUGUGAGUGGAUGGGAAGAAGAGCUGACUAGACUUCGUCGAGAAAAUGAACAACUUCGACGAGAACUAGCUGAACGAGAUGCCACAAUUGCUGCUCUCCAAUCACAAACAGUAUCUUCUUAA